AUGGCUACUCUUCCCCAGAAAGACCCCGGUUAUAUUGUAAUUGAUGUCAACGCGGGCACGCCGGACAAGCCGGACCCACGUCUCCCCUCCAUGAAGCAGGGCUUCAACCGCCGCUGGAUUGGAACUAAUAUCGAUUUCGUUUAUGUCGUGUACACUCCUCAAGGUGCUUGUACUGCACUUGACCGUGCUAUGGAAAAGUGUUCUCCCGGUACAGUCAGGAUCGUCUCUGGCGGCCAUUGCUACGAGGACUUCGUAUUUGACGAAUGCGUCAAGGCCAUCAUCAACGUCACUGGUCUCGUUGAGAGUGGUUAUGACGACGAUAGGGGUUACUUCGUCAGCAGUGGAGAUACAAAUUGGGGCUCCUUCAAGACCUUGUUCAGAGACCACGGAAGAGUUCUUCCCGGGGGUUCCUGCUACUCCGUCGGCCUCGGUGGCCACAUUGUCGGCGGAGGUGACGGCAUUUUGGCCCGCUUGCAUGGCCUCCCCGUCGAUUGGCUCAGCGGCGUGGAGGUCGUCGUUAAGCCAGUCCUCACCGAAGACUCGGUACUCAAGUAUGUGCACAAAGAUUCCGAAGGCGACGACGGGGACCUCUUUUGGGCACACACAGGUGGCGGUGGCGGAAACUUUGGAAUCAUCACCAAAUACUACUUCAAGGAUUUGCCCAUGUCUCCACGGGGCGUCAUCGCAUCAAAUUUACACUUCAGCUGGGACGGUUUCACGAGAGAUGCCUUGCAGGAUUUGUUGACAAAGUACUUCAAACUUGCCAGAUGUGAUUGGAAGAAUACGGUUGGCAAGUUUCAAAUCUUCCAUCAGGCAGCGGAAGAGUUUGUCAUGUACUUGUAUACAUCCUACUCGAACGACGCCGAGCGCGAAGUUGCCCAAGACCGUCACUAUCAUUUGGAGGCUGACAUAGAACAGAUCUACAAAACAUGCGAGCCCACCAAAGCGCUUGGCGGGCAUGCUGGGUGGGCGCCGUUCCCCGUGCGGCCGCGCAAGAGGCACACAUCCAAGACGUCGUAUAUACAUGACGAGACGAUGGACUACCCCUUCUACGCGCUCACUGAGACGAUCAACGGCUCCGGGCCGAAUCAGCGCGGCAAGUACAAGUCUGCGUACAUGAUCAAGGAUUUCCCGGAUUUGCAGAUCGACGUGAUCUGGAAAUACCUUACGGAGGUCCCGGACGGCUUGACUAGUGCCGAAAUGAAGGAUGCCUUACUCCAGGUGGACAUGUUUGGUGGUGAGAUUCACAACGUGGCCUGGGAUGCGACGGCAGUCGCGCAGCGCAAGUACAUCAUCAAACUGCAGUACCAGACAUACUGGCAGGAAGAAGACAAGGAUGCAGUGAACCUCAAGUGGAUUAGAGACUUUUACGAGGAGAUGUAUGAGCCGUAUGGCGGGGUUCCAGACCCCAACACGCAGGUGGAGAGUGGUAAAGGUGUGUUUGAGGGAUGCUACUUCAACUACCCGGAUGUGGACUUGAACAACUGGAAGAACGGCAAGUAUGGUGCCCUCGAACUUUACUUUCUGGGUAACCUGAACCGCCUCAUCAAGGCAAAGAAGUUGUGGGAUCCCAACGAGAUCUUCACAAACAAACAGAGCAUCCCUACUAAAUCUCUUAAAGAGUACAAGCAGACGAAAUAGUAGGUCACAAUUAGUCAUCGCACUGAAGUGCAGCACUUGUCGGAUACGGCGUGAUGGUUGCUUUUUAUAAACUUGGUCGAGUGCUUGAGUCUGCUUAAA